AUGUCUCAGUUUAUGCCCUACGGAGAUUUCAAGUGGGUUAAACCAUCACUCGACGGCUUAUACGAUUUGACUGAAGAUUCACCCAUAGGACGGGUUUACGAGGUUGACAUUGUUUAUCCGAAAAAUUUACAUAAUAAACAUAACGACUUACCAUUCCUACCACAAAACAGCGUACCACCAGGUUCAAAAGUACGCAAACUCAUGGCUACAUUUGAGCCUAAGAAAAAUUAUAUUAUUCACUAUAGAAACCUUCAGCAAGCCUUAAACAAUGGUCUCAUAGUUGAAAAGGUGCAUAGAGUUAUUCAAUUUAAGCAAUCACCUUGGCUUGCCCAGUAUAUUGAAUUAAACACUAAUAUGAGGGAAAAGGCGAAAAAUGAAUUUGAGCGGGAUUUCUUCAAAUUGAUGAAUAAUGCUGUAAUCGGUAUGUUAUUAUAA